AUGAGACCAUCCUUCCUUUAUAUUCUAUUCCUCACUUUUCUGUUCUCGCGUUUCAUUGGUUCUCAAAGCGCGGUUACCCGGCCAUCGGAUUUUAAGGAAAUCUCAUAUAUAACAUGUAUACCCUCUUUUACACGUAUUACAAUCACUACAACAAUAGCAUUCAAGCAAGCAAGCAAUCAGUUAAUCAUGUCCGUGCUAGCCAUACCCAGACUUACACUGCCAAGGAUGUUGCCCUCCGUGGUUCGUUCUUCUGCCGCCUUUAUUGCUACCAGAAGAUCUAUGGCCACCGCCACCACACACGCUGCCUUCAACAGAGAGAAACCACACGUCAACGUAGGUACCAUCGGUCAUGUGGAUCAUGGGAAAACCACUUUGACUGCAGCAAUUACCAAGUGUCUCGCCAAAGAGGGGUCAGCGCAAUUUCUAGACUAUAACGCCAUCGAUAAGGCUCCCGAGGAAAGAGCUAGAGGGAUCACGAUCUCAACGGCUCAUGUCGAGUACGAGACCAAGAAGAGACAUUAUUCACAUGUCGAUUGUCCGGGCCAUGCGGAUUAUAUUAAGAAUAUGAUCACCGGUGCCGCUCAGAUGGAUGGGGCCAUUAUUGUUGUCGCCGCCACGGAUGGUCAAAUGCCUCAAACGAGAGAACAUUUACUAUUGGCUAGACAAGUUGGUGUGCAAAAAAUUGUUGUGUUUGUUAAUAAGGUUGAUACCAUUGAUGACCCAGAAAUGUUGGAAUUGGUAGAAAUGGAAAUGAGAGAAUUGUUGACACAGUAUGGGUUUGAUGGUGAGAAUGCACCAAUUAUUAUGGGUUCUGCAUUGUGCGCCCUAGAGGGGAGACAACCAGAAAUUGGUGAAAAGGCAAUUAUGAAAUUAUUGGACGCCGUGGAUGAAUAUAUUCCAACUCCAGAAAGAGAUUUAGUGAAACCAUUCCUAUUACCUAUUGAAGAUAUUUUUUCCAUCUCAGGGAGAGGUACUGUGGUGACAGGUCGUGUCGAGAGAGGUCAUUUGAAAAGAGGUGAAGAAUUGGAAAUUGUAGGUUACAACAAGACUCCCCUAAAGACUACUGUCACAGGGAUUGAAAUGUUUAGAAAGGAAUUGGAUGAAGCCAUGGCUGGUGAUAACGCAGGUAUCUUAUUAAGAGGUAUUAGAAGAGAUCAAUUGAAAAGAGGAAUGGUCUUGGCUAAGCCAGGUACCGUGAAUGCUCAUACCAAGAUUCUGGCCUCCAUGUACAUUCUUUCCAAAGAGGAAGGUGGUAGACAUUCAGGAUUUGGUGAAAAUUAUAGACCUCAAAUGUUCAUUAGAACUGCUGAUGUCACUGCAGUGAUGAAAUUUCCACCAGAAGUGGAAGAUCACUCCAAGCAAGUCAUGCCCGGUGAUAAUGUCGAGAUGGAAUGUGAAUUGGUUCAUCCAACCCCAGUGGAAGUGGGUCAACGUUUCAAUAUUAGAGAAGGUGGUAAGACUGUAGGGACAGGUUUAGUCACUCGUAUCAUUGAAUGA